AAACUUCGUCCCAACACAUCCCGGCAUUCUUCGCUUCGCACCAAUAACUACAAUAUAGAGUUUUCUUUUGGUAAGCAGUGCAGCAUGGUCAAAUUUCCUCAAGAGCUCGUCGAUGCCAUUAUAGACCAACUAUACCAAGACCGCCGCGCCCUCCUCGCCUGCCUGUCCGUCUCGAGCUUCUUCCGCUGUCGAGCCCAAUUUCAUCUUUUCCUUUCAAUCCCCUUGGCCAAAGAGGGUGAUUUUGAAGAAUUCAGCCUGUUAUGCGCGACAUCACCUUCGAUCCCUAAUUUGGUCAAAACCCUUCGCGUUACCCUGCCCGAAUCUGCGAUCAGUCUACCAAGGCUUCCGUACGUUCAUACCCUCCAUCUCAAUGGUUCUCUGCGGGUCAUGUCUAAGGAUUUGGGGACCUUCAGGAGGAAGUUUUCCUGGCUUCCCAAUACCCUUACGUCGCUGUCGAUCCAGAACAUCACAUUCUCCUCGAUAGAAACUUUUCGAAGUUUACUUGGGGCUCUGCCACUCCUUAGAUCUCUAUCCCUCCUCACCGUAGCUGCGAUUACAACAAGAUCAAAUAAUUCUCAUCUACUUGAGCCAUCCCGUGAUGAUUCCGGCCCGCCGAUAGAAGUCCUAUCCAUCACAUCCAUUAACUCCGACGGCGUCUGUGCGUUUUUUCACGGGCACCCCCAUCUAAGACCGUUCGCCCUACACAGACUGCGCGAGCUCCACUAUUUCGGCUUUGUCGUCGAACAAGUCACGGAUAUCCAGCGUUUGCUCAAUGAGAGUCGGGACUCACUUCGCGAGUUUCAUCUCAGACCCACCUUUUACUCGAUGCCGGGACUAUAUUCUGAGGGAAGAGUGCGAGUCGAGUAUGAGGCGGAAAAAGGCGCUCUAUAAGUCUCGCUUUACCUGGGCAGCAGGUCACAUCGAUACUCCCACGAUGUCGAACGCUGUCGGGAAUAGUGGAUGGAUAUGGGUAGUCUCGUAUAUUUAUGGAGGGAGGUACCAACUACUCCGACACAUCUUGUAGGACUACCUUCUGCCCUGUACUCUAUGGACUCUAGGGAGGUACUC